GAAAUGGAGGGUAUAUUCGUCAACUCAUCUGCUUUUUUCUGCAAUUAUGUGGUUCUUCUGCCAGAUAAACUACUGGGAUCGAAAAACUAGGAAGAAAAUUCUUCACCAACACUCCGAUUCUUUGGUUGCAUUGGAAUAUCAUGGCUAUUGAGGCCAACAGAGGACAGAAUGGUAUUCAGCUCCUGCUAGCUGCGGAGCAAGAAGCUCAGCACAUUGUCAAUGCUGCCCGAAAUGAAAAAAUGGCCAGGUUGAAACAGGCAAAGGAAGAGGCUGAUAAGGAGAUCGCUGAAUUCCGUGCUCAUAUGGAAGCUGAGUUUCAGAGGAAGCUUGCAGAGAGCAGUGGUGAUUCUGGUGCUAAUGUGAAGCGGUUGGAGCAAGAAACAGAGGUGAAGAUCAAUCUCCUGAAGUCGGAGGCUGCAAGAAUAUCCCAAGAUGUUGUACAGAUGCUUCUGAGGCACGUGACAACGGUGAAGAACUAGGAUCUUGAUCAAGUCUAAUGAAGGAAUGAUGUGGAUCUCUCCUUUCCCUGUAAUUUAUGUCGACAACUCUUAAAUUACUUCUUGGUGACAGUGAAGUGCUUGUGGCUCAUUUGAUUCUGAUAUAUUCCUAUUGGUAAUGUUAUCCUUAUGAAGCAAUAAUGUGAUUCUGCUUCUUUUUUCAUCCCGGGGGUGUGAUGAUGGAACUGUGUUUCAGAAUGUGAAGUGGAUGUAAGCAUGAUAUGAACUAAAGACUAAAGGAUAUCAGAUUGGGCUAUACAUGUUAGUAGUUUAAUGUGUUUGAUUUAUUUCUGGACUA